AUGGAGCAAGGAGAUAGUAGUAGAGAAGUACCACCAGUUGGGUUGGAAAUUAUGGAGCAAGAACAAGAGACUGCAACUGAGGCUCUUAUCCCUCCUAUUGACCAUAGUAGAAAGAGAAGGAGGCCUAAUGCGGAUGGUCCCAAGAAAAAAUCUUCAUGUUGGGACCAUUUUAUCGAAUUAACUGAUGUUGUGGAACGAACUGCUGCCUGUAAGCAUUGCCAUAAACGAUAUAGAUGUGAUCCUAAAUCACACGGAACGUCUAACAUGCUCGCCCACUCCAAAAUUUGUUACAAAAAUCCUUACCUAGAAAAUGACCUGAAACAAACCAACCUUGCUUUUGGUAGUGGUGGCUUGAUUUCUGUUAGCCCAAAGUUUGAUAAAGAAGCUUGUAGAAAGGCAAUAACUCUGUUUGUUAUCCUUGAUGAACACCCAUUUAGAGUAGUUGAUGGUGAGGGUUUUAUAUUCUUAUGUAAUCAAUUAGAACCACUUUGA